AUGAGGAAAGGAUCAGUAACAUCAUCCGGUUCAUCACAAUCAUAUACUGCUUAUCGUUCGUCAAAUGAUACACUAGUAGAAGAAGGACGUAAUUCUACUCGAAUAACAAGUAGUCGGCAAAUAUAUAAAAAUACAUUAUCGUCAUCUACCAUAGUGGAGGAGUAUGAUGAGUCUUCAUUAACAUCACCGUCAGAAGAAAAACAAAAAUCAGUAUUUAUUGAUAAUCCCUCAACAAGGUCUACUAGAUUCAAUUCCGUUGGUGACGAUGACGAUCAACCGCCAAUAUAUACCGAUAGGAAGAAGUCCAUCUAUAAACCUGUGCAAAAACCACCAUUGAAUACCAUCCAAACUUCUUUCUUUCACAUCUAUCGCUUUGCCACUCUAUUCGAUUACUUUUUAAUGGCUUUGGGAAUUUUUUUCAGCAUUCUUGCCGGUCUAGCCAUACCAUUUAUGACGCUGAUCACUGGGGAUAUAUUUAAUGUGUUCACUGACAAACAAACCGGAAAAGUAACCGCACAAGCGUUUCAAGAGAGAGUCAACUUUUUGGUAAUGGAAUUCAUGUUACUGGGUCUCGGGGACUUUAUCGUGAUUUUUGCAAUGGUUACAUUUUGGAAUUGGACCGGUGAACGACAGGCGAGACGUAUGAGGGAAAUUUAUUUUAGAUCGUUAUUGAGAAUGCAUAUUAGUUAUUUCGAACAAUCUGACAUAACAUCUGGUGGUCUGUUGACUAGUGUUAACAAAGACUCGGAAGAUGUACAAAAUGCAAUUUCCGAAAACAUGGGGCACAUUAUACAAUAUACAGUUACUGCCUUUAGUUGUCUCAUACUGGCUUUUAUGAAAAACGUGAUCUUAACCUUAGUAAUAUUGGCUUCUAUGCCUCUGAUAUUUUUAGCAUUGGCUUUCACUUCUCGUCUUGCAGGCCCGUUGUUGUCCAAAGAGCGUGAGGUAUUCAUAAAAGCCGGUAACACACUCGAAAAUGCCUUAACCGCAAUUAAAACAAUAAAAGCAUUUAAUGGAGAAGAAAAGGAAGAAAAGAAACACUUUGACAAUUUGAAUGAGGCUAACACCGCUUCUAGUGGUCUGGCCCGCACUUAUGCUCUACGUACGGGUCUAAUUCAGUUCUUCUUGUUGUCAUUGUUCUUUCAAGGAUUUUGGUACGGAUCGGUACUGGUGGCUAAUAAACAGCUUGCUCCUGGAGAUGUAUUGAGCAUAUUUUACGCUAGUCUGCUCGGUGUCAGCGUGUUGAAAGGUAUACUACCAAAAUUAAUAAUAUUAUCCAAGGCCAAAGAAGCCAUAAAGUCGAUAAACAUUUUGUUGGAAAAAGUAGCGUUAUUGGAUUUAGAGGCGUUAAGAGGUUUCAAGUUGUCAGAAAUAAAAGGAAAUAUAGAGUUUAGCGAGGUCAGUUUUUCUUAUCCCACUCGUCCGGAUGUGGCAGUGAUGAAAAACAUAAAUCUCCUCAUACCGGCUGAAAAAACUACCGUGUUUGUUGGACAAAGUGGUUCCGGAAAAUCAACUAUAGCCCAGUUAGUGCAACGUCUUUAUGAGCCGGAUAACGGUCUAAUCACAUUGGAUGGACGUGAACUUCGAAUUUUAAACAUUUCUUGGCUUAGACAACAAAUUGGUGUUGUUAGUCAGGAGCCAGUCCUCUUUGACGACACCAUAUUCCAAAAUGUUGCCUACGGGAGACCUGAUUAUUGGAACGUCACUCUGGAUCAAGUUAUUUCCGCAUGUAAGACUGCAUGUAUUCAUGAUUUUAUACAAGAACUACCAGAAGGCUAUAACACCCGUCUAGGUGACAAAGCAAAAAAACUUUCAGGCGGUCAGCGCCAAAGAUUGUCUAUUGCUCGUGCUUUAAUCAAAGAUCCUGCUAUUCUGAUACUUGAUGAAGCAUCAAGCGCACUCGAUAUGGAAUCUGACGCAUUGGUGCAACAAGCUCUACAAAAUAGUCGCGUCGGUCGAACCACCAUUGUCAUCACUCACAAUUUAUCUCACAUCAAUGAAUCAGAUACUAUAUACGUAUUGUUUGAGGGUGAAAUUGUGGAAAGCGGCACUACUGCUCAACUUCUUGAAAAUCCAGAAGGUCAUUUUUCUAAAUUAGCGGAAGAAUCUCGCCAAAAACGUAGUCCCAAACGAAAAACGUAUGAACUGGACAUGAUCAACAUGCGAUUAAAACGGUCUGAGACCUAUUAUUCGACUUAUUCGGUUGUUGACAGUAUCCCACCUUCACCAAGCCUACGGAAUCGAUCAUCACAAUUUGGAUGGAGUCCAUCUGCUUAUACAGAACAUUUUGAUACAAAGGCGAUAGAUGUUCUAAAUACCUCCGCUUUGGCUGCCGUCUCAAAGCGGCGUAUGUCACUUUUUGAUAUCUUAAGUUAUUAUGAAGACGAGACUGCGGAAGACGGAGUACUGAUUGAUGUUUUAGUGACAACCCCCGAUGAUGCUUCCACGAAAGAAGGUCGAAGACGUACUAGUAUUCUGAAGUUAAUUCUUGAGACGAUGCAAAAUAGAGUUACUUAUUCGUUCGGUGUAAUCUCCUCCGUUAUAAAUGGUCUCGUGAUGCCGCUAUUUUCAUUCGUUCUCGCUAGUUUAUUGAACACUUACGCAAUUCCCGAACGAGAUGAACUAUUGAAAGAAUCUAGAAAAUAUGCAAUAUUUGUAAUACUUAUAGCCGUGGUUAAUGGAAUAUCGGCAUAUUACAAGUAUUUCUUAUUGGAAAGGGCAUCAGAGCAAUGGGCUGUCAGACUAAGACAUCUGGGAUUCAGAACUGUAUUACGGCAACCUCCGUCGUGGUUCGACAAAUCAGAAAAUGCUAUCGGAAGGCUCACCACCGUACUUAUAACCGACACCAACACUACAAAAAAUCUUAUUGGACACUUUGUGGGAAAUAUAACCUUUGGUUCAGUGUCAUUAUUGGGAGGGAUAAUCUGGGCACUUGCCGUAGGAUGGCAAUUGACUCUGGUGGGAUUUGGGCUAGUUCCUAUAUUAUUAAUCGCCUCAGAAUUGCAAGGAUAUGUGCUACAAAAAUACGAGAAAAAACAAAAACUUGCCAGCGAAGAAAUGUCAAAUUUAUUCUAUCAGACAAUUUCAAGUAUUCGAACUGUAUUUUCCUUGGCCAUCGAAAGUGCUAUGGAAGAAAAGUUCCAAUCUGCUCUCAAAGUUCCAUACAUGAUUGGUAUUCGUAAAGCAUUCUUCGGCGGAUUUACCACCGGUUUAUUAGAUGCAUUUCAAUAUUUCUCCAAGGCGAUAACAUUUUGGUAUGGGGCUCAUCUUGUCUCUCAAGGCAUCUAUGAUCUACAAAAAAUGCUUAUUGUGUGGACACUUGUCAUCUUCUGUACUACCUCCGCCUCGCAAAUGCUUGCCACCAUUCCAUACUACGCCAAAAGUAAACAGGCCGCAAAAUCAAUUGCCAAGAUUCUUAAUUUACCCAUCGAAGAUACGACCAGUGGCGAUACUAUCGAUGAUGUGCAAGGAGUUGUAGAAUUGAGAGACGUACACUUUUCUUAUCCCGAGAGACCCGACAUAAAAGUUUUAAAUGGGUUGAACCUCACCUUGCAACCAAACCAGUCGAUCGCGCUAGUGGGCAAAAGUGGUAACGGAAAAUCGACGGUGGCAGCAUUAUUACAACGAUUCUAUGAACCAAGCAGCGGACGUAUCUUAUUUGAUCAUAUACCGCUAAAAGAUCUCCAGUUACAUUGGUUACGUGAACAAAUCGGUAUAGUAAGUCAAGAACCCAUAUUAUUUGAUGCUUCCGUAUCGGAGAAUAUAGCAUAUGGUAAACCGGACGCGACUCAGGAAGAAAUUGAGGUCGCAGCACGUCAAGUUAACAUGCACGAUUUUAUACAGUCCCUGCCUGAUGGAUAUAAUACCAAACUGGGUAGCAGCGGAUCUCAACUAAGUGGUGGUCAGAAACAGAGAAUUUCUAUUGCUCGAGUUUUAUUACGGAACCCUAAGAUAUUAAUAUUGGAUGAAGCGACCAGCGCACUGGAUGUCACCAACGAACAAAUUGUUAAUGAGACAUUGGUCAAGGUACAAAAAGGAAGGACCACAUUGGUGAUUACGCAUCGGUUAAAUAAUGUUAAGAAUAUGGACCGAAUAGCCCUGGUCGAGGAUGGUCAAAUUACGGAGGUUGGAAAUCAUAGGGAGUUGAUGAGUAAGAAAGGUGGAUAUUUUAAUCUAGUUACUAGUGGAAAUCUCUGA